AUGGGGUUUCCAGGGGCCCCUCGGCUGAAUAUGGCUUUUACCGCACCAAACCACCCGAUAUUUGGUGGUGUCAGUUCCAAUUUGGGAUGGAUGCGAACAAAUCCUCAUAUUCAACCUUCGAUUGUUCCAUUGGGGCAAAACGACAGUGAGGUUGAAGAGGAACAAAAUGAAGAUGAGGAAGAUCCAUUGGAUAGAGACUUCAUAGAUAGUGACUAUGAGCAAAUAGGAGAAGCUAAAGAGAUUGAGAUCGAUAAUAAUAUGUUUGAGGAAAAUAUAAAUAAUCCGAUUGAAGAGGAGCAUGAAGAGAUGGGUUUUGCAGGGAAGAUUUUAGACCAUUUGGAAAACUCUGAGGAUUUUCAUAGCAAACAUGGGUAUGAUGAAUCUGAUGUGGAUGAUGAAGUUAGCAGCAAGAAGAAAAGGACCAACAUAGUUCCUAACUAUCGACAAUGGAGGAGAGAGUCUAUGUUGAGGAAUCCAAGCUUUGAUAUUGGUAUGCACUUUCCUAACAAAAGUAAAUUCAAAGAGGCUGUGAUUGCAAGUUAG